AUGGCGGCAGCUUGGGGCGAGGUCUGUCGCCAAUGCUUCAAUUCUGCGGUGGAAAUCCCAGUCCAGAUCUUACUCAUUGCUUCCAUAGCCAGUUUGCUGGGACUGUUUGUCCUGUUCUCAUUAUUCAUAUUCUUCGUUGCGCCGGUCCCACGAGAACCCCUACCAGAAGAAAAGAAGUAUAGAACCCUCGCCAAAGAUGGCUCCGUCACAGAUCCCGAACCCCUACCCUGCUGGCUCGAAAGCCUAGACACCAAAAAGGGCGAAAAACCCACCGCAACCGACACAAUCGCACCAGCCGAGCUAUUCAUGUCCGUCGUCGUACCAGCCUACAACGAGGAAGACCGGUUAACCGGCAUGCUGGAAGAAGCCGUCAACUACCUGGAGCACAUGUACGGGGAUACAGCCAGCGCGAUCGCCAACUCCAGCGCAGGAACAAGGGAGACGCGCUCAAUGCGCAAACGCAAGCCGAACGGAGAUACCACCAGCGAUCCCGCAGUCUCGGCCUCAGACCGCGGCUGGGAGAUCAUCCUCGUCUCGGACGGGUCGACAGACCGCACGGAAGAAGUCGCAUUCCGGUUCGCGCGCGACCACCAGCUCUCUCUGCAUCCCAAGGGACACGCGGGUCCGUGGACACCACAGGCUGCGGAGGGCGUCCAUAUCCCGCCUGGCACGAUCCGCGUCGUGAACUUGACUCAUAACCGCGGCAAGGGCGGCGCGGUCACGCAUGGUAUGCGCCAUGUCCGUGGGCAGUAUGUUGUCUUUGCGGAUGCGGACGGAGCGAGCAAGUUCGAGGAUCUGGGGAAGCUUGUUGGGGCUUGUCGGGAUCGAUCCAAGUUUCGGAACUUCUUGAUGCACUCGUUCCAUUUGAUCCUGUGGCUCAUGACGCCCCCUAAAACGGCUACUGUCAAGGAUACUCAGUGCGGGUUCAAGCUGUUCUCCCGCAGUGCGUUACCUUAUAUAGUGCCGUACAUGCAUUCCGAGGGCUGGAUCUUCGACGUUGAGAUGCUCAUGCUGGCUGAAUUCGCGCGGAUCCCUGUGGCUGAGGUGCCUGUGGGAUGGAGGGAGGUUAAGGGUAGCAAGUUGAAUGUCUUGCGAGACAGUAUUGGCAUGGCUUGGGGUCUGGCUGUUCUGCGGGCAGCUUGGUCGUUGGGUGUGUAUAGACAGCGAUGA